UAACCCAACAUGAAGUAUCUUCUUAAGAUUAAAGCAGACAUGUCUCAUGUUAAAAAAAUGACUCCAAAUGGAGGGGUUGAUAGUGAAAAUAUGCCUUAUUUCUUUAAGCUUCGUUGUGAACACUGUGACGAGCUGUCGAAAAGACAAUGUGUCUACAUGUCUGAGGCGGUAAACUACGGACGUGACGUUGUUAACCACGUCCUAAAAUGCAAAGGAUGCAAAGAAACUGGGGCUGUAACACUAAUUUCCGGUUAUGGAAGGGAUUUGACAGUGAGUGGAGCUUAUGCUCCGCUUAUGCUUUUUGAAUGUACUAACGGGCUAGUCCCGGAAGGAUAUGAAUUCAACGGCGGCUGGACCCUUACUACUGAUUCGAAUAAGGUCAUCAUGGACGUGAACUUGGUUAGAAAUUUCUUCUGCGGCAACUUUGAUGAAUACGGAAAUCAGCCUACAAUUGAAAACACUAGGGGAAAGAUUACUUUUUACCAAGAAUAUUUUAUUUUAUUUUUAAAUAAAAGUUAG